GAGAGAAAAGAAAAAAAAUGUUGCUUGACGCUGAUUAAAACCAAAAAAAAAAAAGUGAUACCACCAUUCACUGUUGCUUUAACCCUUUUUUGCUUUCUCUCUUUAUAUCUCUUUUUUUUUUACUUUCGCAUUCUUUUUCGUCUACGUUUGGUUUUUCCGGUUUCCUUUUAUUUGUCUCGUUUCUCCCUUGUACAUAUCUUCUUCUCUCUCUUCAUGUUCCAAAUCACGCCUCAACUGUAUGAUAAAAUCAAGCAUUUUGCAAAGUUCCCUCAAACCGGCGUGUCAUUGAGGCAGAUGGUGAUGUUCGGUCAGAAACCGUCCCAAGGGACGCUGUUCAGAGCCAGCCAAUUCUUGCAUGAGGAAUUACCCAUACGAUUGGCCCAUCGUGUCAAAGAGUUGGACGAAUUACCACGCAAUCUAAGUCAGAUGCCAUCCAUUGUACGAGUCAAAAAUUGGUAUGCACAAUCCUUCAAGGAACUCAUUGAUAUUCCACCGCCACAACUGUCAAACACCGUAAGGGAACGUAUAAAGAAUGGAUUUAAUAAUGGUGAAACGUUGGCGUUACCUGCGAGCGUGCCGAACCCUUCUGUGCGACAAAUGAAGCGCACAGGGGCGUUGCACCCUUCCAUUCCCAUUGGGCAUCGAUACUAUACAAAAAUGGACGAAGGCGAUUGUCCACCCGAGUUUGCCACGUACAACGAUCUAUUUGUCAAAUCCAUUGAAACCAUCAAGCGUCGCCACGAUCCUGUGGUGACGACGGUUGCCCAGGGUAUUUUGGAAUACAAGGAUCACCUCAAAUCGAAAAUGAUUGAUACCGAAGUGCAACAAUUUCUUGAUCGCUUUUACAUGUCACGCAUUGGGAUUCGUAUGUUGAUUGGCCAGCAUUCGGCACUGUAUCGUGGACCGUUUCGAAAAGAUUACGUUGGCGUGAUUUGUACCAAGACAAAUAUUCGCGAAAUUGCAUUGGAUGCCAUUGCCAAUGCACGGUUUAUAUGUGAAGAGCAUUACGGGCUAUUCAAAGCCCCGGAAGUACAGAUGCAUUGUCCUGGCGACAUUGAAUUUAUGUACGUGCCUUCGCAUCUCAACCAUAUGCUGUUUGAGCUACUGAAAAAUUCGCUUCGUGCGGUCGUGGAGCGAUUUGGGGGGGACUAUGAAGAUGAAUAUCCUCCCAUCAAAGUCGUCAUUGCGCAUGGCAAAGAAGAUAUCACUAUUAAAAUUUCGGAUGAAGGAGGCGGUAUCCCUCGUUCCGGCAUUCCGCUCGUUUGGACGUACAUGUAUACCACCGCACAGGCACAAGAGCUUGAGCCCGAAUACAGUCAUUCGGAUUUCAAGGCACCCAUGGCAGGGUUCGGGUACGGAUUGCCUAUAUCAAGACUUUAUGCGCGAUAUUUUGGAGGAGAUUUGAAAUUGAUUUCUAUGGAAGGAUACGGUACCGAUGCGUAUCUUCAUUUGAAUCGAUUAUCAAAUAGCGAUGAACCACUCAUGUAGCAUGUUUCCUCAUUAUAUAAUACAAAUACACCUUUCAACAAUAUGUUAUGAC